ACGUUUGUUGGUUGAUAGGCGCCAUUUUGAAUAUGUCAUUUAAAUGGAGUUUGGAAGCAGAAACUGCUCUGUUAGAUUUUUAUAGAGACCAUGAAGAAUUAUGGCAGCCCAAACAUGAAGAUUAUUUUAAGAGAUAUGUAAGAGAAGCUUUGAUGGAAACAAUAUGUGCUAAAUUAUCUCUUAUGAUGCAAAGAAAAGUCACCAUUAAAGAAGCUAAAGAGAAAUUUAGAAAUCUCAGAACUUCUUAUAACAGAGAAAGGAAAAAGAUGCAAAUAUCUAAAAAAACUGGUGCCCCUUCUUCCUGUGUAUAUGUUUCAAAAUGGGCUCAUCUGAAGAAUAUGGACUUUCUAGAUGAUAUUAAUCUGGACACUGAAAUAGAUAUGUUAUCGACACAAAUCGAGGUAGAUCUAACAGAAAUAUCAAAUAGUUCAUUUCCUACAAUAGAGAUGAAUGAACUCUCUGUACAAGAUAAUAAUAAUGAGACAGAAGAAUCCUUAGAUGAAGGAACAGAGGAACAGAAUGGCACUCAGCAGAAGAAAAUACAUAAGAAACAGGAACAGUUGUUACGCCUGAAACUGAUAAACCAGACUUCGAAGUUCCUGUCGACGGCCACGGAUUCCCUGCAGGCCUACUGCAAGUGCAGACUAGAUCCAAAUGGCAUAAGUGCUUUUGCAGAGAGUGUUGCUGCCACUUUAAACAAGUUAGAUCCAGUGUCUUUGGAAGAUGCCAAGUUAGAAAUUCAACAGAUACUCUGUAAAUACAUCAGAACUUGCAAAAAUUCUUAAGUAUUUACUUAUACACUGUACAUAUUUUUUGUAUAUAAUAUUUAUUUAUAAAAUGUAAAUAUCUUAAUAAUUAUAAAGCACAUUUUACAGUUGAUGAAAUUUAUAAAUAUCAUUUCUUAACCUGUCAACUGCACACAAGAGUCUCGAUGACCCUAUGCACUUGCAGAGACAAAUAAAACAUUAUCUGUCUCUGCUCAUAACAUUCCAAAAUGCCGAGAUUUUUGUGGCUACAGUAUAAAUUAGGAUUUCAGUGAGAGGGACAUGAAAUCACACAUGAUGUGUCAUUUGUAUGCUACAUAGCAUUUUAUUAUUUUAUCAGCAAUUGUUAAUUGUGACAUUGUCACAAUGCCAGGUUGCAAUUUCUCAUUACAAUGCACUUAAGUUUAAUAGUGACCAUACUUUUCCUGUCAACUAUGUAGUCAUGCCGAUCAUCUAUCGCACUCUGUUUGUGAGAAAAUGUUUUAAUUAAAAUAAUACGACUUCUCGUCCAUACUGGAAGUUCAUGUAUAGUUAAUUUGGGCUUCCUGCCCCUGAGCUCUCCAUAUCUCUAUAGAUAAAGUUGACUUUCCUAGUCUCAAUUUUAUCUAUCUAACACUGUUAUAACAAUCUUGUUGUAUUAAUCUGUGGCAAACAUACCUUUUUUAAACUUUCAAUCCUUUCUCUUCCUUAAAUUUAACAAUGAGUUAAUGAAUUAAUAAUGGUACAGGCAGAGUUAAAUUUAACAAUGA